GGUGGAGCCACAUUUGGAGGAUUCACCCUCCAAAGUCACACGUGAUCCCGCAGUAGUUCCAGGCGGUUAGCUACAACAGAGAGCAGGGACUAUGGAUCUAAAGGUGCGGUUGUGUUUACUGCUGCUGGCGCUGAGCUGGACUGGCACCCAGGUGUCCGUGAGCGCCCAAGACGAGGACGAGGCUGACGUCAUGGACAUGGACGAUGGGGAGGUAGACAUCAGCGACGACAUACUGGAUGCAGAGGCCGAGGCCGAGGAGGCAAGCGACGAAGCCCCAACAGCGCCACCUGUGCCAAAGGUGACAUAUAAGGCCCCUGAACCAAUGGGAGAACACUUUUUCGCUGAGUCAUUCGACAAAGGAACAUUAGAAGGUUGGAUCGUGUCAAAGGCCAAAAAGGAAGGGAUUGAUGAGGAAAUUGCCAAGUAUGAUGGUGUAUGGGAAGUGGAGGACAUGAAAGACAGCAAACUCCCUGGAGAUAAAGGCCUGGUGCUGAAGUCCCGCGCCAAACACCAUGCCAUCUCAGCCUGGCUGCUGCGACCUUUCACCUUUGACACUAAGCCCCUCAUCGUCCAGUAUGAGGUGAACUUCCAGAAUGGCAUUGAUUGUGGCGGAGCCUACGUCAAGCUGCUCUCCCAAACCCCUGACCUCAACUUGGAUGAGUUUGUGGAUAGGACCCCGUACACCAUCAUGUUUGGGCCUGACAAGUGUGGCGAGGACUACAAGCUCCAUUUCAUCUUCAGACACAAGAACCUCAAGACGGGCGAGUACGAGGAGAAGCAUGCCAAGAAGUCCGACUCUGACCUGCGUACAUACUACACUGACAAGAAGACCCACUUGUACACCCUGGUGCUGAACCCCGACAACACCUAUGAGAUCCUGAUCGACCAGACGGUGGUGAACAGCGGCAGCCUCCUAACCGACGUCACCCCACCAGUCAACCCCCCUGCAGAGAUCGAGGAUCCCGAUGACCACAAGCCCGAGGACUGGGACGAGAGGCCCAAGAUUCAGGACCCUGACGCAGUCAAGCCAGAGGACUGGGAUGAGGACGCUCCAGCUAAGAUCGCUGACGAGGAUGCCGUGAAGCCUGAUGGCUGGCUGGACGACGAGCCUGAGUACAUCGGUGAUCCCGACGCGGUCAAACCCGAGGACUGGGAUGAGGAUAUGGAUGGCGAGUGGGAGGCUCCUCAGAUUCCUAACCCUGCCUGUGAGUCUGCCCCUGGCUGUGGCAAGUGGGAGAAGCCCAUGAUUGACAACCCCAACUACAAGGGCAAGUGGAAGCCUCCUAUGAUUGACAACCCCAACUACCAGGGCGUGUGGAAGCCCAGGAAGAUCCCCAACCCUGACUACUUUGAGGACCUGCACCCGUUCCGCAUGACCACCUUCAGCGCUGUGGGCCUGGAGCUCUGGUCCAUGUCCUCGGACAUCUUCUUCGACAACUUCUUCGUCACCUCCGACCGCAACACUGCCGAGCGCUGGGCCAACGACGGCUGGGGCCUGAAGAAGGCGGGGGAGGGUGCCGCUGACCCUGGCCUGGUGAAGCAGAUGAUCACCGCUGCUGAGGAGCGUCCCUGGCUCUGGGUGGUCUAUGUCCUCACCGUGGCUCUUCCUCUCGUCCUCAUCAUCGUCUUCUGCUGCACCGGAAAGAAGAAGCCAGCAGCGGCAGACUACAAGAAGACCGAUGAGCCUCAGCCGGAUGUGAAGGAGGAGGAGCCUGAAACUGAGGAGGAGGAAGAGAAGGCGGAGGAGAAGGAAGAUGCAAAGGAGGAGGGACCGGCAGUUGGGAAGAAGAGUGACUUAGAGGACAGUCCUGCUGAGGAGGGAGCAAACGAGGAAGACUCUCCAGACGGGGAGGACAAGGAGGAGGAGGAGGAAGAGGAGGAGGACGAGGAAGACAAAUCCGACGAGAAGGCAGACGAGGACGUUCUGAGAAGGUCUCCCAGAAACAGAAAAGUUAGAAAGGAAUGAUGAGCCACAUCUUUCACCUCAGUCUCCAGUCCUAACCCCACCCCCCCCUUUCCACCUCGACGGUGCCCCCCUGCCCCUCCUCUAAGACCCCCAUCCCAGCCCCCAAAGCCCCUGCCUUCCUCAGACUCUUCCCACCCCAACCCUACCCUGCCCUCCCCUCCUGAGUCCUGUUUUCCUGCUCCAUCUUCCCUGAUGAAGAGAAGACUAAAACAGAGAGAAGACCAUCAUGUUGAAAAAGAAAAACAGCUGAGAAGAAGAAUAAGAUGAAAUGGAAAGCAAUCAUGACCUGCAAACAAGGAGGCAUCUAGGAGAGCGCGAGUAGACGAGGAUUGCGAAGAUCAUGUCAAUGAAGUUGACUUCAGAGAUGACUUGAUGUCGAGUAGAAUAGAAACUGUGCUUUACUAAAAGAGAGAAUCAUCCCAUACUGUUCCGCAACUGUUCUGCAGACACUAACCCGAGAUACCCCCCUCAGCCCUUCUUUAGGACCCCCCCCCCCCCCUCUCCUCCUCUCCUCUGCUCUGCUCUGUGUCAUACCUUCCCUUUAGGCAGCCUCCCAUCGCUCCAGACAGUAUUUAUCAGCUAUCAGCUAUGGGAACACUACAGAGUAAGCUACCAUCCCAGUCAUCCCCGCCAUUCCCAGCCUCACUUGGGGUUUGGUAUGCGCCCCCAUUCCUAUGUGUCACCACGGGGGGGAGGUCUCCCAGAGGUUUUAUAGUACAUGAAUAAAUAUAUAAAUAUAUGUGUGUGUUUUGUCAGCUUGGCAUACAUCUGGCUCCUCUCCAUAAUAUACCUUUUGUUUUUGUUUUUUGAUUUUGUCGAAAACGUCCACUGGGGAUUUCAUGUUUCGUCUCGAGACUCAACCAUUUCAUUCCAUGAAGCUUUCUCUACAAUGGCUGUCUGACAAAUGUUUGUUUUUGCUUAAUGUUUUUUUUUUUUUCCUUUUCUUUUUUUCCAUUUUGGUCAGGAAAGUCCGUAGAGUACUCCCCCCAUAUUCCUCUGUGUACCAAGGCUGGCAGUUAGGCCCUCAACUGCAUGUGAUCCAGUGGAGUGUCCAGGGAGAAUGCCUGUUUGGCUACUAGUCUAGUAAUGCUGCCUUACUUGUAGAAUGCAAGGUUUUGCUUUUUUGUGAAUGUACUGUGACUUAUUUUUUAAUAUGUAAUUUUUUUUGUCAAGAUUACGUUUUCUAAAAAUUUGAAUCCACAAAUCUUUUUUUUUUUUCCCUCUUUGUUUUGAUCUAAUAUAGGAGUUAGUUGUACUGUAACAUAUUCCAGCAUGUGAACAGGAAGACAUUGUGGCAUUGGUCUUCUGAGCUUGAACGAGAGAAGGGAAGUAAAGAAUUAAUGUGCCGAUAGACUGGGUGAUAUCAUGACUGCUGAGUUUGUGUCCUUGCACGAGGUGACUCAUCAAAAAAUUCCGGUGUCGGCUGUGCUGCUUUUCCAUGGGCGGUUAGCUCAGUCGCCUACACAGCCAUUGGUGAGUCACCUCCAGUGUACCACCUGUGACAUCAUUUCCUGCUCCAGGUUGUCAGCAGUAGCAGCAUGUUGAUACCAUUCCAUCCUGUGACCUGUCGUAGAAUCACAGUCACGUAGUCGCGUCGCUUCUCACGUGGUCUGUGAACCUGUGAAGAUUUGACUCAUGUUUUGUUAUUAGUGUCACUCAGACUUGGAAGCAUGGGAGAGGCUCCCUGAGUGCAGAGCAAAAUGCUGCAUCCCUGUUUCUCCAUACAUGGCCACCCAACAAUCACACCAAUAUCUGCCCCUGUUUGAAUUCAUUACCCCGAAAAAAAUUAAAUGGCACUAAAUGGAGGGCGAACCCUGAUUCGGUGGAAUGAAAUGCUACGCAUAGUAGGAAUUGUUGUUUUUACUCAAGUGGAUGAAGUGAGACUCCACUUUUGGUAGAACAUCUUAAAAGAAGUGGAGGUUUCUGAGCACACGUUGAGCUUUUACCCCAAAACGAAAAGAGUUGGCACUUUUUGAACAACACACCCAUUCCUUAAAUAAAUAUAAAUGCACACAUAACCUAAAUAAUGAAAAGACACUGACUCUUGCUGCUCUGCAAACAAACCUGGAAAUUGAAGUGACUCAUGCUAGUCUGUCGACUGUCUUCUUGCUCGCUCUCUCUCUCUCUCUCUCCUUGAUGCUUAGAGCCUUGUAUCUGCAUUUAAUUCCUUGAAUACUUCAACGUUUUCAGCCCCUGCUGGUUUUUGGUUAUGCUGAUUGGAAUAAAUGGAUGGAUGGAGCUUUUAGAAUGGACAAAUCAACCAAUAAAAAGAGAUUCUUUACUAACAGCCUAUCUGUUGUAGGUCUGUCAGGGUAAAUGUGGGCAUGAUUUGGGUCCUUCCUGAGAGGUUAUACUAUGAAGCAAGGUUACAGACUUACCCCGGUAACUUUGGGAGUAACUGCUACUCUUCAAAAGAACGCUUUACUGCAUGUAUUGCUUCUGAAGUGACACAUUAUUUUGAGAUCAGCGGUAACUCCUGAAGUUACCCAGAAAAGCCAAUAACCUCACAUAGUAGUCUACCCCUCUAGGUGUGUAUGGGGGGGCUGGUUGGUUGGUUAGGGAGUGAGGGUAGGGAUCAGGGGAGGGACACAAGUGUGAUUUGGAGCCAUGGGCACUGUCUUGUGUCUGUUCCUUCUCAGGUCAGGGGAUUACCCAUGAAACUGAGAUGGAAUGUACAGCCCAUGCCAGCGGAAUAAAGAAAUUGGGUCACAAGGCAUCUCGGUUUUUUUUAUACUUCCUAAUUGUGUUUUCUUUUUCAAAGGUAUCUCCUGUAAAACUUAACAUUAUUGAAUGGUUUUCUUCAUGCUGUCAUUUUUUUUCUCUCAACCUCCCCUGAAGUAGUUCAUGCUGUUAUGAGGUUUAUCCUCUCAAGAAGGGGGGCAGUGGUCUUGGUUUUCACCUGGUAGUUCAAAGGGGAAAUAGUGAUCCUUUCUAAUAACUUGACUUUGCAGUACUAUGCUACACUUGGGACACUUUUUAGAAUUCUGGAUCAAAAAACCUACGAGCAGAAAAAGGUGUGAAAACACAUUCUCCAGCUCACGCACCCUUUCACUUUUUGUUAUUUGUUGACAUAUUUGUUACUCUUCAGUCAUGGAUUGCCUCAUCAUAGUUAUUAACUUUAAUGAGACUUAAAUCUUUCCCCCUUUCUCUUUGAUCACCAUCAUCUAAAACUUCCUAGAUGGGUAAUUUCUUGCCUGCACUGAAAUAGUCUCUUAUACAUUCCCCUCCCUCGGCAUGUUAACAUUCAGUGAUGGGAAUGUGUCACAGAGACUGAUAACUUAUGCUAAUUUCAUCCACUAGGGAUACAGCUUUCUCAAAAAAAAAAAAAAAUGAACCUCAGUUCAAACAUUUUUUUAAAUGUCUGUGUUUAUUAUAGAAAAUUACAAGUUGAUGUUUCAAUGUAGUAAUACAAAGCUACUCCUGUCUGAGAAACAACAGCAGAGGCUGCAUCUUUGACCCUGCGUGUAUUUGAAAUGCAGUCAUCUAUGAAUGGAGAUCCCAUUUGUUUGGUUGAAUAAAAAACUAAUGAUAAUGUG